GAGUGUAUGACGCGAUAUAUAAAAACGGUGAUCCACAGUUGAACGACAAGCCGAUAUCGGAUUUACUUCGACUACGCUGCAGCAGCGGGAUUAAGCGUAUCAGAACGUGUGCGUUCGCGAAGAUCCAUUUUUGGCGCGAAAGGGUUCCCUCAUCACGGAACUCCGCGCACCGAAGCUGCAGCGAUUACUCAUACCUGUUUUGACCGACGCAUUGUACUAUGCACGCGAAUAUGGAAUAUCAUUAUAGCCGGGCAAUUCUAGGUCGGGAUGGACGGAUAAUUGUGUGCGUGUUCCAAUCGCGCUGCGCCGCAGCUCAGGCUAUGGGAAAAUCAUCGCGUUCGCACGUAAUGCUCAUCAAUUACGAAAAAAAAGGAAGCGAAAAAAACAACGGAUAUAAAAUACGUAGGCGAAAUUUAUCGAAUACCUUGAAGAAUAAUCAGGGCCGUGUGUGGGCGAAAUUCGAAAGGGGGACUCUGAAGGUCGCAGAUAGUGGGGCCUGGGAUCGUCCUCGCGUCAUUUACGCGGUCGCAGGUGAUCACUGAUCGGUUAGUCUUCCUCGCGCCGAUCGAGCAUCAAGUUGCAAGCAAAGAUAAAUUUGGAACAGUGGCAAAAUGUACACGCAAGCCGCAACCUUGCUUCUGUUCCUCUUCAUCACGUUGGUGAACGGCAGUCACUAUGUCCAAUAUGUUCAGUCGCGAACAAGUACGUCCGGCAGUUGCGACAGCUACACGUGCGGCGUCAACGCGAGAUGCACGAUGAGCUUGGGACGGCCAGUGUGCUCGUGUUUGAAUCUUCAUAUGGGAGACCCGCUCGCACAGUGCGUGCGAGUCGAAUGUCUAAUCAACGACGAUUGUCCAUACAACAAAGUGUGUACGAACAACAGGUGUGUCGACCCUUGCGUAGGUCUAUGUGGAAUAAACGCGAACUGUUUGACCAGAAAUCAUAUAGGUACCUGCGAAUGUAUAUCAGGAUACGUCGGAGAUCCGUUCUCGAGUUGUCAAAUCGCCGAUCCUCAAGCCGCUUGUAAACCGAGUCCAUGCGGAGUGAAUACCCAAUGCGAGGUAAUCAAUGAAGUGCCAGUCUGCACGUGUCUACCGGGUUACAGAGGUUCACCCUUAACUGGAUGUCGUCACGAGUGUGAGAGCGACAUCGAUUGUCCUCAUCAUCUCGCGUGCUCGUCAUCAUACAAAUGUGAGAACCCAUGCAAGUGCGGAGAGAACGCGGAGUGCCAAGUCAUCAAUCAUCAAGCGAAGUGCACCUGCCCGAAAACAUGGACGGGAAACCCAUUUGUCGCAUGCCGACCGGAGUGCACCACCCACUCUGAAUGCCCAUCGAAUAAACCCGCUUGCCUCUAUCAGAAAUGCGUGAAUCCUUGCGAUGGCGUGUGCGGCGUUCAUGCCGACUGCAACCUACGCGGUAUCACUCCCGUUUGCAGUUGCCCAAAACAUAUGACCGGUAAUCCUUUCGUCAGCUGUAGACUGUUUGAACCACGCGAUCUCUGCGAGCCAAAUCCCUGCGGUAUUAAUGCGAUUUGUACGCCGGGUCACGACAAUACCGGGAAGGAGAGGCCGGUAUGCACGUGUCCCACCGGCUACAUUGGCAACGCCUUAACGAGCUGUCAGCGCGGGGAGUGCUUCACCGACAGUGAAUGCCUUGACAAUCGGGCAUGUAUCGAUUUCACGUGCAAGAACCCGUGUACCGGCCACGAAUGCGGCCCGAGCGCCGAGUGCACGCCCCGACGUCAUAUCGCGGUCUGUACGUGCCCGCAGGGCACCAGAGGCGACGCCCUGUACACCUGUAACCCGAUCGAGAGUAAAUCGGUGUACAAUUACGGCCGCGCCUACCGUUACCGCUACUACUAGUCACACAAAACGAUACCACGAUUCCACGUUUAAAAUACUCAAUGUUUUAAUACCGUAACUUCUAUUCCAAUUUUAUAUUCGGUCGUACUUUUGCGAAGAAUUGAAUCGGGGAAUAAAAAGAAGUUAACCGCCUAUUCCUUACGCAGGUCGUAUAACAGAGUAAUAAUAUAUGUAUUUUUCGUAACGCGCGCGCUACGCAGAUAAUAUGUCUUCCAAUUCGUGUCCACCAUAAAAUAGAUCUCACACAAAGUGUUCUAUAUGUUUUAUAAGCUGCCGCUGGUCGCAAAUCUAGUUUCGAUCUUUAAUAAGAACAUUCCUUAUUAAGGAAGCAUAAUGAUUUAUGUUGCAGAAUUAAGAUCUCUAGAUGAUGAAUUUUUUUCCCAUUUCAGUUUCAAAUACUACGUUCUGUUACAUUCUUAAUAGAUUUUAUAAGAAUCAUACAUAUUUUUAAUAUGUAAAUUUUAUACAUCACAUAACAAAGAGAAAAUGAGAACUCAAUGCAACGUUGUAAUAUAUUACUUACAAAGGUCUGAAUUACAUUAUCUGAUUAAACAAUAAUUUUUAUUGAAUAAUUUAACAUUAUAUCCCAUAAAGUGUGCAAGUCCAUAGUUAUAAAACUAGUUGAGAAAAUUUACGAAAAAUCACUUGCCGCUAUUAAAAAAUAAAUGAUUACAAUCUUCUCUUACGUAUUAUUUAUAAUUAUAUAAUAUGACUUACGAAAGAAUAUCACGCUACAUGUUAAUUAUCAUAAUUAUUGGCAGCACCGUUAUGCGAAAUUUACUAAUUUUAAAACGGACAUUGUCCGCUUCAAUGUUCGAGUGUUCAGAGGGGUUUUUCAGAAAUAUUUUAUUUACAAAUAUA